AUGCAGUGCGAGCCUGGAGUAUCUAGCACAAUUUCUUUCGUCUCGUCGGCAUGUCUGGAGUUCAUUUGGACUGGCAGCGUGACUGUGCAUGGGAAGAGCAUUACUGGGUUUGCUGCGCUGUACUCGACGGCGAAGCAGAUGCUGGACCAGCACAGGGAGGUGUGCUCCAAGGGCAACAGUACUGCUCGGCCGAAGGACGGGGGCCCGGCCACCAUGUUUAUCGAUAGCGAUCGGGCCAUCAUCUCAGAGAAGAUGGCUACCUUCAUCGACAACGAGGCGAAGUUCGUAGCCCUCAAGGCCUUUGCGAACCAACUGAAGGGCUUGGGCGCGACCGACCACCCUGUGAUUCAGAGCACCCUCUUCAAGAUCAUGACCGACCCGCAUCUGACGGGGAAGAUUACCAUCGAGCGCAUCAUCGACUAUGUUCUCGCUGUCGCCGAUCAGGCAUUCCCGCCCGAGUGGGCCGAGACAGCGAAGGAGGUGCUGCAGCUGGGCAAGGUGCCAUGCAGCGUGGCAAUGAUAUGGGGUGACAUUCAUGAAGUAUUGCGCUUCGGCGCGUUUCGGGCCAAGUUGAUGAUGCAAGCGAUCGCGUUCAUGCUCUCGAAGCCUGGCAUGACCACUACAGGUGUCGACUCCGCGGGCAUGAAUAACCUGAAGGCCGAGCUGACGACCAACUGCGACGUCCACAUCGACACUGUCGGCUCCCACGACAUCAACCAGGCGAGCAAGGAGGCGCAGAAGAGCUUCUGGAUGGGCCUCGUCGCGUCCCUUGGCAAGGACUCGCAUGCGCUGAGGGAGUUGCCGAAGUGGAAGCCACCAGCAGCGGAGACCGCCGAUGGCGACGACAAGAACGGCGACAAGGGCGACGCGAGCACCGAUGGCGGCCCCGUCGAGAUCAAGACUGAGCCACGCGACGACAAGGGCGCCGCUAUUGUGCGUGCAGGUGCCCCUGGUUCCGCGGCCAAGGAAACCAAGGUGCUCGUGACGGAGGUCGUGACGCUGUCGGAUCUCUACUCCUUCAGGAUGACGGGGCUGACCAUCGACGUGCCUUACGUGAAGAUGAUCGAGGCGGAGGCCGAGAAGCAGAUUUGGACGUUCUACAAAAGCCACUCGAGCAAUUGGAGCAAUAUCAAGGUGUGCUUUCGCUCGAAGCAGCCUACUCUACAGGUUGACUUGAGCAACCAAGACCUUCGCUUACCGUUCGCUGGCAGCGUGACCACGCAGCCGACCAAGGACGGCAUCCUGCUCGGCGAGUCGUUCGGUCUCCAGUUCUACCUGGUUGGGGACGCGAGCCUCUUCGCGGAGGUGUGCAUUCCAGCCUACAUGGUCAAGGUCGUCGACGGCGACGCCGAGCCGACGAUGGAGGUCUACUGGCACGACUUGCCGCUCAACAUUUGGCCCAAGGGCCACCAGAAGUCCCUCAAGGAAGCUUCGGCGAAGACCCCGACUCUCAAGUCCGAGCCUUCUCGCUUUGCCUUGCAAGGCGAGGUUGCGAAGAAGCGGGGCAGGGGCCGCGCCGCCGACAGCGGCGGCUCCUCCAAGCCCGAGCUUCGCUUCGGCGUGGCGGCCUACAAGCAUGCCCUCACGGCUGCUGCUUCGAGCCAGGGGGCGGAGUCGACCACCGCUGCCAACAGCGCCUCCGCCUCUGGCUCUGCUUGCCCCGCCUGGCUCGAUCCCUCGCUUGUGAAAGCGGGCAAGCACCUCUUGCGCUGA